AUGCCCGUGUCCGACCAGGCAUUUGUGACGCUGGCCACCAACGACGUCUACUGCCAGGGGGCUUUGGUGCUGGGGCAGUCGCUCCGGGAGCACAGGGCCACCAGGAGGCUGGUGGUGCUGGUCACGCCUCAGGUGUCCAACCCGCUCAGGGUUAUCCUCUCAAGGGUGUUUGAUGAGGUUAUCGAGGUGAACCUAAUAGACAGUGCGGACUACGUCCACCUGGCCUUUCUGAAGAGACCUGACCUCGGAAUCACUCUCACCAAGCUUCACUGCUGGACGCUCACCCAUUACAGCAAAUGUGUCUUCCUGGAUGCAGACACCCUGGUGCUGUCCAACAUCGAUGAGCUGUUCGACAGGAGGGAGUUCUCUGCGGCCCCGGAUCCCGGAUGGCCGGAUUGCUUCAAUAGCGGGGUGUUUGUCUUCCAACCCUCGCUGGAGACGCACAGCCUCUUGCUACAGCACGCCACCGACCACGGCAGCUUUGACGGGGCAGACCAAGGCUUGCUGAACAGUUUCUUCAGUAACUGGUCCACCGCUGACAUCCAGAAGCACUUGCCCUUCAUCUAUAACUUGAGCAGCAACACCACGUACACCUACAGUCCUGCUUUCAAACAAUUUGGCUCCAGCGCGAAGGUGGUCCACUUCCUGGGGUCCUCGAAGCCUUGGAACUACAAGUACAAUCCCCAGACGGGCUCCGUUUCGGAGGAGGGCUCCGGGCGGGCCGACCAGCAUCAGACGUCCUUCCUUAACCAGUGGUGGGGAAUUUACCACCGUCGCAUCUUGCCCCUUUGUGAGACUAUCCGGAACAAGGAUCACCAGGGGUCCCCAGGUCACACGGCUCGCCUCGGAGGCGUUGGGGGGCAGUGUUCCGGUGCAGUGGCCGCGGCAGAGGGGUCGUGUGCAAACCCAGCAGAGGGGCCCAGGCAGACUUGCUCUCCUGCCGGCUCGGAGAAGCCCGUGGGGGUGGAGGAAAACAGCGCUACUCUGGCGGCACGCCCUUCGGACGAGACGAUAGGUUGGCCAGAAAUAGAGACUUGUGCUGAAGUGCGACGUGACCCGUUGUCAACACCUUCCCCCCAGUUUGCAGACCUCACAGAGAUCCAAAGCUGUUCGCGGCGGGCGGAGAACACCGCAGGUGCCCCACCCGAGGACACCUUGGAACCGAGCCGGGAGCUCCCUGCGGAUGUCAGCAGGGACCCCAGUCCCCAGGACGCUCUAGAGGUGGACCUGACCAUUUCCGUCUCCCAGAUCUCCAUCGAAGAGAAGCCCAAGGUCCCGAGCCCCGAGGAGGAGCGGAGAAAGUGGGAGGAGGGACGGAUGGAUUACCUGGGGAAGGACGCCUUCGCCCGCAUUCAGGAAAAGCUGGACCGCUUCCUCCAGUGA